AUGAAAUGUGUGAAGUUAAAUCUACAAGAAAGAUCCAAAAUGAAAUGCAAUAAACCGAAUAUUGAUAAACCAAGAAAAUUUUGUCAACAACGUAUGGUCAAUCCGGAGCAUGAGGAAGAUCCACGAUGGAUCGAUGUUUAUGACAGAUUUUAUUGCAACGAUUAUCAAAGUUACGACUUGAAUGUGACAAGUAGCAGCCAAAUUCAGCAAUGCCACGAAGAUCUAUUUCUUUCCGUACAAAAUUUACAGUUUCAAGGCACUGUCGAUCAACACAGGAAAGUACGCUCAAGUUUUAAAUAUAAAAGUUUAUCUAAUUGUCAUAAGCAUAGAAUGUUUGUAAAGCAAAUUGUAGAUGAGUGUAAUCAAUACAGUGUAACCCGUUCGUCGGAACUUAGCGAUUAUGUUGAAGAUUAUACCAAGUAUAUUUCAAAUAAUGAUCAGUCGAGAUCAUCUUCAGCCAAAUCUAGCAUUGUUUUAUUUUGUUUAAACAAUAAACGUAAACAAAAUAAAUGUGUACAAGUAGAUAUAAAAAGUCAUGAGACGAGAAAGAAACCAAAGAUAGAAAGGGGAAAAAGAUAUCAAAGAGCACAUCCUAAGUCAGGUCUCAUUUUGAAGGCUUCUGAUGAGAGCGUUAAUACGGAAGAUACGAAAGUUGCGUUUCAUAAAAAUGGAAAGAGAAAAAGCUUAACAAUUUCUAGAACAGAAAGUCCCGCAACCGUUCAAGUUAUCAGAGUAGAUGUCGUCUGUAAUAAUAGCUGUAGUUCCUCGAUAUCUGAUUACGAUAAAAGUGAGAAACAAUAUUCACAUGAUCUAAAUCAAGAGGACAAUAAAAAUCAAAUGAAUGCAAACCAAAAGUCUCAACUCAUUAAAAAAUAUAUGCUAACGAACACUGUUAAAACUUUGGAGGAGAAAGUAUCUGGCAGUAAGGUCACUUUAAUGUUGGAGGUCACCAGAGCCCUGGCAAAUGUGACACGGCCGCAACGAAAGGAUUGGUACGCCAUGGACCACCCCGCCCGAUGGGGUGUAUGUGUACCCGAAUUUAUAGGUGUGAGAGAUGGAACUUCAGGG